AUGGAUUCGUUCAAACGGUUCCAGUCGAAAGUGUUCUCUUCGGUUAGCACAAUUCGGAAGCCAGAAAAUACUGUAAGUGAAGACUGGAGACUAAGCGUGAACCUAAAAGAACAGAGAACGAUUCGUUCAGUGAAAGCAAACAUUUCUUUCAGGCUGAGGACCAGGCGUACAACACGAAACGAUGUUUCAUCCACGUCAAUCAUCUAUCCGUCGCAAUCGCCGUCGUCGAGCUCUCUAUUCUCGUUUACCAAGUUUCACUUUCCCUGUUUUCUCACUUUCAAUGUUUAUUCCUUCAGCUCUUGAAUGGCAGCUGGGGAAAUUCGGAUUACGCGUUCGUUUUCACUUGCGCGGCCUUGCUAUUCCUCCUCGUCAUUCUGCUCCUUUUCGUGGCGAUUUUCUACCGAAUCAGCAACCUUCUCAUUCCGCACAUCAUCAUGCAGCUCUUCAUUGUCGUCAGUUUCCUCGUUCUCACCGGAUUUUCGCUCUACGCUCUUUUCUACGGAGCCACAUUUCAAAUGUUGCUCGUGGUAACCAAUCCGCAGAUUGCCGCUGAUUCCAUGGUCCGUAUCCCUUUCCCUUUACACCUGCUCUAUUUGUGUUCCAGACUGCCCUUCCUGCUCCGAUGCUCGCAACGAACAUGGUCUCGGGAUUCCUUGCCGGUCUCCUCGUCAUCUUCGCUGUUUCCUACCUCCUGGUCGCCGUACUCAACGUGAGUUUCUUUUUUACAUUCCCCUCUAUCCCAAUUCUCUAUUUUUCAGACGUGGUGCUUAUACGUGGUUAUCGACAGUUUCCAGCUGCUCAGAAGCCAAAAGAACCAGAGCCGUCCUCCGUCUGUCGAAGAAUACUGUGCUCCGAAAACGAUCCAGCUCUCAUUGUACCCGAAUCAAAUCGUCCAAGCCACCGACUUUUAA